AUGGUCAAAGUAUCGUCUGUUGAUUUGCUCAACUCUGUAGUGGACCAACAAAAUAACGCCGACACCAAGUCAAUGGAAGGCUUUGUCAAAGAUAUCCAAAACCAUUGGAAGAAAGGAGAUGAAUUUUUUCCUGGAUUCGGAAAACAAGAAAAUAGUAAUCUGAUGAGAAACAGGAAUAGGAAAAAGAAGCUUGGCACUGAAGAGGAAAGCUCAACGUUCGAAGCAUCAAACGUUCACAAUUCACUCAGGAUAGAGAAAGAAAAACAGAAUGAAACGAGUGUAGAGCACUCAGCGAAUGUUGUUUCUGACAAUAGUAAUGAAAGAACAAAAAUUCUAUACAAUCGGAAAGUGGAGCAAGGUUUGAGACAUGAGCUACCCGCUCUUAUCAAAGAUGAUAAUAUCGAAAAACAUAGCUCAUUUGAUAUUCAAAUUCGCGAAUUCCCCUUUGAGAUGAUUUUAAUGGGAUCUAACAAAAUUAUAACAUAA